CAGCUGAAGCAGCGCCGUAGCACAGACGGACACACACACACACAGACAGACAGACAGACGGAGAAGCCGCGACCAUGGACGCCGUGCCCGCGCUCAUCCACAUCUCCAUCUCUCUGAAGAUUCAGCCCAACGACGGAGCGGUUUUCUUUAAGGUUGACGGAAGCCGCUUCGGUCAAACCCGGACCAUCAAACUGCUGACAGGCUCCAAAUAUAAGAUGGAGGUGGUGAUGAAGCCGGGGAGCGUGGAGGCCACCAACAUGAACAUUGGGGGCGUGGUCUUCCCUCUGGAGCAGCAGUCCAGAGACGAUGACUCGGUGGUUUACCACGGUCAGUAUGUCACCGAGGGCGUCCCUCACACCAAGAGCGGAGACAGACAGCCCGUCCAAGUCAGCAUUGAGUUUAACAAAGCAGGGACGUUUGAGACGGUGUGGCAGGCAAAAUACUACAACUACUACAAGAGGGAUCAGAGUCAGUGUGGAAACGAGUUUAGCUGCAUCGAGUAUGAGUGUAAACCCAACGAGACCAGGACCCUGAUGUGGAUCAACAAGGAGACGUUCAACUGAGUCCCAGCCGGCACCAACGUCAACGUCCAAUCACACCUGUGACGUGCUUUAAAGCUGCUCUCUGAACCACCGCGAACACUCAGGAAAACAAAAUGGCCGACAGAGGAAAAGAUGGAGCCAUUUCCUAGAAAAUCACUCUUUUAUGAAACUUAGUGAUGGUAUUCUUGUGUUUGUAUGUGGUACUGACACACAGUGAACACAGUGAACACUGACUGUGCUGUGAGCGCCCCCUGCUGCUGAGAGCCAGCCACACACACACAGAGGAUCACGUUCGGUGGAAACAAAAUGGCUGCCAGCAGAGACACCAGGAAAAACAGUUUUUUAUCCACUGAACAAACGACUCUACGAUCUCUACGUCACAUGAUCACGUCUUUAUCUCACUAUUAAAGUUUGUAAACCACUCACUCUCCCACAAUAAACCUCAUCGAGAAAAUCAGUGCAUCACACACACAGGAGUGGUUGAUCCAUUGCGGCCCCCAUCACUAAGUUCAAAUGUCUUAUUUUGUCCAUUCGGCUUUAAAAAUAUAUCAUUUAGACUUACCUCAGUGACACAAAGUGACCACACGAGGCAACAGAGAACCAGCAGCUCCUAUGAAGUUUGGUGUGGGAGAGUGAGUUUUUACGUUUAGAUUUUAUUGGCGGAGACUUUUUGUUAAAUGGAUAAAAAUCUGUUUUUCCUUGUGUCUCAGGAUAGUUCUCAGCAGCAGGGGGCGCUCACAGCACAGUCAGCUCUGACUGUAUUUUAGUUCCUCACAAUGUUUCAGAGUGUAGCUUUGAAGCUGGAGCACAGAACAAAGACUACGUUAGAAGAAGAAGUCCAGAGCUGCGUCUCGGUUCAAGCCCCGCCUCCUUCAGUAAUGCAUUUAAAGUGUUGUUACGUCACAGUGAGGUAAUAAUAAGGCUCCGCCCCCUCCCAAACUAUCACAGGGUUCAUUGUGCAGCAGUGACGGCGGUAACCCUGGUAACUAACCCUGGUUCAGAUUCUGACAUCUGCAUCGCUGAAGGAGGCGGAGUCUGAAACAACAUGCUGCUCAGGUGUGUAAACAGGUGAUGAAUCUGUUAGCCUUAGCUUCAGACAGAUCUGUGAUUCUAAGAUAACAGUAUCCCACCUGCUGUCACAGUUUAUGCUAAACUACGCUAGGCUAGCCACUAAACCUAUUGGUGCAUUGACGAGAGAAUUUAAAUUCAUGUCGAACAACAGCCGAUCAUGUGACCGCGGCUAACAGCCGACCAUGUGACCGUGGCUAACAGGUGUUUGCUGAAGACACCUGCGCUCGUAUUUAACCUUAUUUAUUAUGUGUGUGGGUUUUCAUAUUUAGCAUUUCAUAUUGUAGCAUGUAGCAUACGUUACAGAAACUGACCUCAAGUUAUGUUUGCUAAGUAGUACACGCUAAUCACGUCCUUUUAAUCAACACAUUAUUUUGGUAUUUGACAGGGUCAUGUCCACAGACACCAGUAGGGGGCAGUACUGAGUGUACGGCGCUCAAAGAAACAAAAAAACUACAGCUUUCAGAGCAGCCAUCUUGAAUUAUAAACACAUAAGGUCAUAAGGUCAUAAGGAGUUUGGAUGAGUUUUAUGACAUUGAAUUACAACUUCAGGGGCCCGGGAGGGGCGGGGCCAGGGUCAAAUCAAAAUGUGUGAGUGAGAAUAUUUGAAAUAUAAAAAUAUCAAUGAAAAAUCACCUCAUUAUAUUUAAAAUGGCAGCUGCUCUGAGAAUAAACAACUCGCCGAGUCAUGAUUCAAACUCGCUGAGUCAUGCUUCACUUUGUGUUUUUGUGUGUUUUGUACAACUGAACUAAUUUUGCCAAAUUGGAUCACUUUGUUCCUUUGUUACGAUGUCAGUGUGAGAACUUUGCUGUUUUGUUACGUUGUUGAAGUGAAAGAAUAAAACGACUAUAAAACAA